UCCGGAUGGAGGUCCUCGCCCGACGCACGGAGUCGCGGAGCCGGUGGCCUCCCGGGGGCCGCCUUGUAGCGAGCCGGGCCCGGCCGCGCCCGUCCGGCGAAGAACGCUUCUCGGGAGUCGGCGUGGCACUUUUUUCGGUCGCGUUGUUGUUGUCGCGUUGCGAGCGUGAGCCCAAGUUGCGUUUAGACGCGCCCCCCGCCUCCCGCCCCCCGCCUCCCGCCUCCUGCCCCCCCCCCCCGCGCCUCCCGCCGCCUUCUCCAAAAUAACAACGUAACAGUCGCCGUAUUGACAUCGACGACAGCUCACUUGUCAUCAUUUGAGUCGGAUUCAUGGAUUCAUUCAGCACAUUUGCGCCGGAGGAAUCUUUCACAGGCAGCUCGGAAGAACAAUGGUAUCUUUUAUUUUUGGGCUCAGGACUCCAGGAAUAAUCUCCGUCUGUGACGCACUGAGCGAUGGACGGAAAAUCUCGGCGUCUCUGCUGUUAGGCAAAAAUGCAUGAUUUGUCCCUCCGCUGACUUUCAAAUCCAUUGCCGCGACCGCCCCGCAUCUUAAGGGGACCCGGUCCGAUGUUCGCCCAGCCUUCCGGGCCCUCGGCCUGGCCGCGGGCAUGGUAGCAUCUGCCCUAAACCGGAACGCCCUGGCAGUCAUGAACGGCGCGAAUCACUUUCACGUCCAGCAAGGUUCCACCGGUACCAGCUCCCGAGAUAGCGGCCGACCGGCGCCGCAGGUUCCGGAUCGGGGCACCUGCCGCCGGCCGCCGGUCGGCGCUCCCCACGGCCCGGGCGGCCCUCAGACGAGCUCCGCGGGGACGGCGGGUCACGCUUUUGUCUUCCCGUUCACCCCCGGCACCGGCCCCCGCGCUCGCUCGCCGUCGCCUCGGCGCCCCGAGCUCCUCGGGGUCAACGUGGGCCAGCGGGUCCGACGGCUCGGCUCGCCCGGCGCCGGCGAGGAAGACGCGGACUCGUCGGGGGGAGGAGAGAAGCAAGAAGAGCGGAGACGCCGAGCGCAGCUGCUGCAGAUUCACAAAGAGCUGCAGAACGUGGAGGUCAAGGGGAAAGUGGGCAUUUUCGAGGCGCACAUUUCCGGGAUCCGCGCCCAGGCGCUCGACAGCGAGCUCCGGCGUAGCCCUCGGUCUGCGAGACGAGUCCCGCCCCCUCCGGGCCGCGGCUGGGCGGCCCUCGAUUGCUCGAUGACCCGGGUCCGCCGGAGUCAAGUUCCUCCCGCUCUCCAAAAUGGGAGCGAAGGCGAGGAUGAAGCAGCGCACGCAGCGAGCGAGCGGGAAGAAAGUAGUGCCAUUCAAAUAAACAUCGAGGCGGAGACAUCGUUCCUUCAAAACGGCUGCCAUUCGCAAACAAUAGAAGCUCCCUGCUCAGAAUCAGAUGGAGCGCUCCUUGUCCGGGCUCCGCCGGAGACCUCGGAGGCGCGCUCGGCCAAAGAUGGGCAGAUAAAAGAGGACAGCGGGGUGAAGGAAAACAAACAAACAGCGGCAGAUGACGGAGAUUCAAGCGAGAGAGGAGUGAGCGCCGCACUCCGGUCGGGUCCCGAGCCGCCGCCGCCCACGCGGGCCGACAUGUCGGGAGCAUCCGCGUCCGAGCCGCCGAGCCGCCCCCGUUUGACGGGCGACCCUCCCGCCGUCCUCGCCUCCAUCCCCGCCGUCAUCGUCACCGACCACGGCCUGGAAAGCCACCCUCGAGCCCCCGGGGGGGGCUCCGCUUCGGACCGGCCGGGCACCCCCGCGCCCCCGUCCGACGCCUCGACGCGCUCCCUCAGGAAGCUGUCUUCCUCCUCGGCCUCCUCGGCCGGCUUCUCCUCGUCUUGGGAAGAGUCGGAAGAGGAUAUUUCCGACACGGAGAGAGGGGGGCACCUUCUCACCCCGGCGCAGCUCAGCUCGCGACAGAAAGCACACAAGUCAUGGAAGAAGAUCAAGAACAUGGUGCACUGGUCGCCGUUCGUCAUGUCCUUCAAGAAGAAAUAUCCCUGGAUCCAACUGGCCGGCCACGCCGGAAGCUUCAAGGCGGGGGCCAACGGUCGCAUCUUAAAAAAACACUGCGAGUGCGAGCAGCGCUGUCUGUCCCUCCUGAUGACGGACGUGCUGUGCCCGUACGUGCCCGGUUACCACGGCGACGUGGAGAAAGACGGCCAGAGGUACAAUCAGAUGGAGGACCUGCUGGCUGAGUUUGACUGCCCCUGCGUGAUGGACUGCAAGAUGGGAGUGAGGACAUAUCUGGAGGAGGAGCUGACCAAGGCCCGCAAGAAGCCCACCCCGCGCCCGGACAUGUACCAGAAGAUGGUGGAGGUGGACCCCGAGGCGCCGUCGGCCGAGGAGAAGGAGCAGAAGGCGGUCACCAAGCCGCGGUACAUGCAGUGGCGGGAGACCAUCAGCUCCACUGCCACGCUGGGCUUCCGAAUAGAAGGAGUCAAGAAAGAGGACGGCACGGUCAACAGAGACUUUAAGAGGACAAAGGCGCGUGAGCAAGUCAUGGGAGCCUUCCACGAUUUUGUCAAAGGCAACAAGGACAUUCUGAAUGGCUACCUCGCCAGGCUGAAGGAAAUCAGAGCCACGCUGGAGACGUCGCCCUUCUUCAAAACGCACGAAGUGAUCGGCAGCUCGCUGCUGUUCGUCCACGACGCCAAGGGUCGGGCCAAAGUGUGGCUGAUCGACUUCGGCAAGACCACGGCGCUCCCGGAGGGCGAGGAGCUCGACCACCGAGCGUCCUGGCGGGAGGGGAACCGGGAGGACGGCUACCUGUUCGGACUGGACUGUCUGCUGGACAUCCUUUCUGCCAUGCUGGACUCCGAAACAUGAGCGCUUUUAGUCAUAUUAUUAUUAUUAUUAUUAUUUAAUCCCCAGCGGAAACAUUUGCAAACACACUCACGUACGCGCACGUUCUCGACGUCGGUUUUGCUGACGUUCGUCCCCCGGUGGGGGAAAUAAAACACUCAAUCCCACUCUUUCACGAUAUGAAAGCGUGAAAGGCGCAUAGGAUGCAGCUUUCAAAGGUAUAGUCGCACACCUUUUUGCUUAAAAUAGCAACAGCAAAAUUCCUCCAGUUGCAGAUGUGUGUCAUCUGCCAAGGAGUCUUAGGGCCACGCUGAAAAGAAAAGAAAAAUUACACUACAACAUGGAAGUCAUAAUCUUAUGAGAAUGAAGUCAUAUAGUCGUCUUAAAUCUAUCACCCUAAAGUGGCUCGUCCGUUACCCUUCCUUCACUUCUCCCUUUAGUCUGGUAAUAUUAUGGCUUGAACCGUCAAACAAUAUUUAUGUCAAAUCAAAUUUAUAUAAAAAGAGUUUGUAUCUAUUUUUAUAGCAAUAAUAUACAUUUCAUUUCAAAAAUACACAACUUUAUUCUUGCAACAUUUCACAUUUGAUCUAAAAAAGAACUUUAUAUGUCUAAAUUGUGCUAUUUUUUUAAUAUACGAUUUUAUUCUAAAAUUAUGAUUUAUCUCUAAAACAUGUGACUUUAAUCUCAAAUAUGUUUUUUUAAAUCUAGAAAAUACAACUUAAUUUUCGUAAAUUAAGUUAGUUCGACUUUGUUGUCGGAAAAAAAACAAUUAUUAUAUAUUUUUUCAAGAAUAUUUUGUGGCCCUCAUACUCCGUAAAAAUCAAUUAAACUUCUGAAAAUCUUUUCCAAUUCCUUUUCAAAGCCGAUACUGUACACGGGGACUUUACAACUUUGUCGCCCUCCGGUGGACGUUUGGGGAAAUACAAGGAAGAAUGCAAAUGGUGCCUGAAAAAACACAAAAAUGAAUCCUCAAAAUGUCAAAUUUGAAUCCUCAACAAGUCAAAUUUAUAUUUGUAUAAAUAGACUUUGCGCUAUUAUAGGUUCAUCAUGUUAUUGUUAUUUGUUCCUUAUUUGCUAUUUCACAUGGCUGCACCCGAUUUUAUUUCCACUUUUAGAAAUGUUGCUGUUGAGUGAGUUUGGCUUGGAUCUAAUGUAUAAAAUGUAGGGGUGAAGUGACCAAUCUUGCUCAAUGCUGUGCUUCCUGUUCAUUAUAUCGACAACACCAUUUUAGUGCCUGCUGAAUACUGUUUGUGAGCAAUCUGCGGUGCCUUGACUCUCCUCACUUGCCGAUGAUGUUUUAUUUCCUUCUGUAAUCUUAAAUGAGUGAAGUUUAUUAGCUUCUGAAAGUUUGUUCAUCUCUAUUUAUAAUACAGUAUAUUUUGUUUUAGGUGA